UUUGUCAUACAGCUUCAGGAAAUGUGACAUAUUUUCAAAUUUUAUCGCAAGAAUCGCAACUUCUCAAACAUGGACCGUCCCGCGUAGAGAUGGGCAGGCAUUGUGUGGGGUGAAAAUAUUUUAUUUAUUUAUUUUUUAAUAUGAGUACUGCCUGUUUUAUACCAACUUCCUAAAAACAUGCUGAUUAAACGCAAAUAUAAGACACCAACACGGGCCCAGUCGCCUGCAUUUUUUUUUCGCAUGCGGAAAAAAAGUCUACAAAAUUAUCUGACAAAUAAAGACGUCACCAACGUCAGCACUCCGGAGUCAAGGGACGCAAAGUGAAAGUUGCUGAGCUUCAGGAGUUCGAAAGCUGACAGCACGUAAUAAAGCUUCGCAUUCCCAAACUGUAAUGAAGUCUUCCCUGCCUUGUCUGUCAAAAAGGAUCAUAUGUUCGAGUAAUUGUGUUGAGAAAAUCCUGGAUAUGUCACAAUGGAAUGCAAAAACAAUGGCUUUUCGUCGUGGGUCAUGCCAGAAGUCUGUCAGCUGCAAAAUCAGUUCUACUUCUUGCAAAUGGAGAGCGAUGUGAUAGAUCACCUACCUGAUCAAUACUCUGGCCUUUGUAACCUGGAAAUAAAGUUUAAUAGUCAUGCAAUGAAGCUCGGCGAAUAUGAGAGUCCUGAAGACAGGAAUGUAGCUGUACUGCACUCUGAUCAUUGUGGGAACGUUUAUGCAACUAGUGUGUUUGAAAGGUCUUGUAUUUGUUACAAAACGCCUAAACUACAGAGGAACAGUGCAGACACAUCACGAUAUUUAGGAAAAACAAACCAAAACGAAGGGUGCAAACCCAACCAAACUUCUGUCUUACUUUCAGUCAAAGACGGUGUGGGAAAUGGUGACAAAAUGAAAGCCACACACUAUACAAAUGUGGUGGUUGUUUGUAGACCUACCUGCCAGAACCCAUAUAUUAACAGCAUUUUAGGUUGUGAAGAGAUAGGGGAUGGUAACAUCUCAGGCUGUGGUGGUGAUGAUGACGGUGACCAUGGAUUUGGUAGUGACUGCUCGUGCUCAGAUGUUGAUUCUGAUAGUGAAAAUGAACUUUGGAAUUCUUUCAACAGCUGUGCUGAUCCUUAUAACCUGUAUAACUUUACAGCACAAAUGUACAGUGGACCGACUGUUGUCUCACAAGAUACAGAAGUCGAUCUUUUGCAGGACGAGGGAGAAGACUUGAUCUGUCCUGAAGCUUUCUCGGAUUCUGGUUCUUUCAGCUCUGAUGAUGAAAGUGAUGAUGAGUUUGAGGAAGAUUGUUAUGCUGAGAAUUUGGAACUCUGGAAAUAUUUUGAAAAUUGCAACGACCCUUACAACCCUUUCAAUUUUAGAGCACAGUUUCAACCUGUUGGAAGUAAGAAAGAUGCAGAUGUUCACUUGAAGGAAAAAAGCACUACAAAGCUGCCUAACAUCAGUUCUUACGUUACUCCAUCCCACGACAGCGAUGAAAGAUUCGAUAGCGGUUUUUCAGAAGCCACAAACGUUCUUCUGGAGGUUUUCAGAAAUGCACCCACAACAAAAAACAAAAAGGUGACCUUCAGUGAUGACAUCACUGAAUAUUAUAUAAACAGCCAAGAGGAUCGGAAAGGCCCUUGGGAAGAGUUUGCACGAGACAGAUGCAGAUUCCAAAAGCGAGUGAAAGAAGUGGAAUAUAGUAUCAGUUACUGCUUCACACCAGAGCACAGAUGGAGAGCCUUACAGAGACUGCUGUCUGAUAUGAGCGUAUAGACCUGUCAUGUUUAGAUUCUAGAAGAUGGGUCUUGUAAGCACUGAAUUUGGGUAACCUGAAGUUUAGCCAGGGCUUUAAUGUGAUAACAUCCUGCUAGAUCAAGAAAUUAUGGGAAGGAUGUGUUUUGAAACUUAGUUUGUGUUAACAGUGCCAUAGAAUUUAAAAUAUUAAAGAUAAAAAUAUAAUUCUGCUGAUCAAUGCACCAUUUUUCAGACUUGCCCAAAGAUAUUUAAUUUCUGGAUGAAAGCAUUUGUGGAGCAGGAUGAAAGGUAACUUUGUAUUAGAUUUCAAGACUCUGUGUCAUUAUUCUGUUUACUUCAGUUUUAAUGUGAACUACAGAACCCUUACAAUUUGAGUUUAUAGCCCUUCCAGAUUAUUAUGUUUAUCAUGGCUGGUAAAUUAUGGUCCAUGAAAUUGUUUACUAUAGCCUGUCAUCAAUCCAUGUAAUGAUUUCCAUAUUUAAAAAAAUGAUACCAUAGUCUGGAAGCUUUAAAAUGCCAGUUGAAGCAACACCUGAUAGAUAAAUGACUCUGUACUUGCACCACCCCUGGUUAAACUGGUACUAAUACAGCUGCAUGAAUUUAUGCCAUAACUCCCUGCUGCACAAAACUUAAUUUACUAUUAGCACAACCCUCCUUAUCAUUUUAUCUCAUUUAUCUUCCUUGUGCCACCUUCAUUUUUUGGGCUGCAGUUAUCUUUUCAUAUCCUAGAUUUUGAACAAGUGUUUAUACUAACAAAUAUGCACACUGAUGAUAUUGCACUUAUAGAUACCUCCGUGUGUUUUAAAAAAUAUAUUCAUAUACAACCCAUGUAACUGUUUUUAAAUGAUGAAACUGAUGUCAGCAAUGUCUGAAUAAUGGAUCUUUUACCCACAAAUGAAACCAACCACAGUGAUGAAACAAUGCUAUUGAUGUCCACUAUGUCUGUAUAAUAGACAUUUUCUCUCCCGGCCUCCACUGAAAAAGGGCACUGCUCAGGCAAACUUUCCCAGUAAACAAAUACAAAUAAAUAAAUAAAUACAU